AAUAGAAGGGAGAUAACUGGAGGUAACAGUCCUAACAGUCAGCUUCGUUCCAUGUUACCUCAUUGACGUUGUCCAAGUGUUUAUUUUUUUUUUAUUCCCCCCCGUUUUUAUUUUUUAUUUCCGUCUGUCUUUCAUUUAAUCCAUCUGUUACCAUCCUGUCUACUAAUAGUCUUUAAUGUCUUCUCCUAAUUAAAGAACGAUGGCGUCUUAUUCUACGUUUGAACCGUGGCGCUGGCAGCGCAAACGAGAACUGGGACUGAAACACGCACUUGGCGAUUUGUCACAGAUGUACUGUGGCCUUUAUUCCAGUUUCGAAGCCGUACAGACAUGGGAACCAGAUAAGACCUCCGAGCACACGCACCACGGAGGUAUCUUCAACUUCGAUUUCUCUCCAGAAGGAUCAAUUCUUGUUGCUGCCUGUGAACGUCAGAGUAUUUUGCUGUUUGACCCGUUUAAUGCAAAAUUAAUUGGACACAAGAGCCGGGCUCACACUGACUGUGUCAACUGUGUCAGGUUUUUAGAUUCACGAGUGUUUGCUACCUGUUCAGAUGACACCACCGUGUCGUUGUGGGACGUUCGGUAUCUGAGGCAUGAAAUACGAACACUUCGUGGCCAUUCGAAUUGGGUGAAGAACAUAGAAUAUGAUGCUGAUCAUUGCCUAUUACUUACAUCUGGUUUUGAUGGCAGUAUAUACACCUGGGACAUAAACAGUUAUUCUGUAAAUGAACCAAAUUUCAAACGAGUAUUCCACACCAGUGGAUUGAUGCGUUCCAAGUUAACGCCAGACUCUUCAAAAAUUGUCAUUUCAACAACAGAAGGCUAUCUGAUCGUCAUCCACAAUCUCGAUUUAUCGUAUUUGGAACAGGAUUUACGGGGAUUCAAACCAAAGUUUUACCGUUUCAUGCAGUUGGAGCAGAUCCCUCGUCGCAACAGCACACUCUACAACCAUGUCUUUGAACGGCAUCGGAACCGUGUUGAAUUCAUCAGUGACUUUCCCGGCCGAGAUGAAGCAUGUGUGAUUGCAUCCCUUCAGAUCCACCCCCAGGGCUGGUGUUGUCUGUCUCGGAGUACAAGCAGUGAUGAAAACUCAGAAUGGACAUGUCUGCAUGACAUUCAGGAAAUCAAGAUGGACACUUCUGUAGAUGAACAAGAUUUUGAAGACUUUGAUGAGGAAAUGUUGGACUACAGCCCACAGCCAUCUACAUCCAGUGGACCAGUGCUUGGUCGACCUAUUGGUUCCAUGUCUCCCAUCCCCACACGUUCACCUUCCCCGACCUCAAAUUCACGCUCGUCCAGUCCCUCCUGGCUGAUCUACGUGCGUGUGCAAUCACCGACCCCUGAAAAUUCAGCUUCUGACGACGACGACAAUAAUCACCAUGAACGUGAUGAUUACGAUGAUGAUGAUGAUGAUAAUGAGGGUGGUGGUCGUGGGAGGGGUGAUGGCUCAGAUUCUGACUUUCUGCCGAGAGGUCGUGUGAACCCAAGUCGACCUACUCGCAACCGGAUUCUAUAUUAUCGAACUCCCCGUGUUGACCUCAGCCCUUCCUCGUUCUCCACAUCACACCAACAGAGACAGAGUAUCCCAGGCAAUAAUCCCGUCAGAGGAUCAAAUGCAUCAUCAUCCCAAACUGAUAAUAGGAGCAGGAAUGUGACCAAUGGAACAACCCAGGAUCGUUCUUCAACAUUCACUGAAUCAAUGCAACCAACAAACAGUUUUUUGCCUGCACAGCAGCAAGAAAUGCACCGAAGUGCAACCACAAGUAAUUCCAACCGACACGAAACAGUAAACAGUUCCUCUCUAUCUUCUUCCUCCUCAAGGCACCAUUCCUCAAGAGGGGAAGUGAGCUCCAUGGAAACUGGCCGUCCUGAGGCAAGCACCAGUGGGAGCUCGUCCCGCAUGCCUGCCGAUUACACGUUGAUAUUUCGUGCUGGGCAGCAGCCCCAUCAGCAACAGAAGCGGAUGCUGGCUGUUUGCUCGGGUGUUAAGUCAUGCCCUUCACAUCUUUAUCGCAUCCACAAAAACCAGCCACGCCUGCUUUAUUACAGCGAGGAACCAAAUGUCGGUCGAGGCUUCAUUAAAGAGCUCUGCUUCAGUUCAGAUGGCCGACUCAUUUGCUCACCGUUUGGCUUUGGAACACGCCUACUUGCAUUCAACCCACAAUGCCUCGAGCUACCUGACUGUGUGCCACAGCGACCACUGAAGAUGUGUGAGGUGGCAUGCAACAUGGCACACACCAAUGUUGUGGUGACGGCCAAGUUUGCACCAAAUCAUUGCAUGUAUGUGGCAGGUUGCCUCAAUGGACGAGUCACGUUUCACCAACCUGUCUUAUGAGUCUCUCUCCCUUUCUCCCUUUCUCUCUCUCUCUUUCUUUCUCUCUCUCACUCACCUCACUUACUCUGUCCCUCCACCUUCACAAAUAUGGACAGUGAAACAGACUUUCUAUACAUAGAUAGAAGCAACUUGUCGGCUCUAUCGGCCUACCCCCCCCUCUCUUCUGCACACUUGCACAUACACGCACACAUAACACAUGCACAUUUCAACGCAAAAGUGCAGUUGCAGACAAGUACUCACACACACAUACAUAUACACAACAGUGAGUAAACCGCACACAAUCCAAGAGGUGUUGGUCAUGGUAGGGUGGGAGAAACAAAGUAAGGAAACUAAACAUUAGGUUAAUUUCCUUUAUUUAAAGAAAAUUAUUUUAACUUAUUAUUGUUGUUGUUUUUAUUCUUCUUCUAAUUAUUCUUGUCCUCAUUUCACAUCCUGUCUAGGUUGACUCUGCCUUUUAUACCACUGGGAUCAAUAAAAUCCUGUACCAGUUACAUACUGGGGUCUUUAGUCGACUGUAUCUUUCCUCCCUUUUCUAUUUGGCCUUGUAUCUAUGUACACUGUUGUCACCAUCAUCAUCAUCACCAUCAUCAUCAGUAGAAUCAUUAGAGCUGUGGGAAAAUUCCAAGUUCAAAUUGUGCUGAGGUCAACUUUACCUUUCAUCCGUCUGAGAUUGAUUGAGUGAAGAAGGACCAGUUGAAGUACAGGGGUUCGAUGAUAUCAACUGACCCCACUUGCCCUCAGUAUUACUGGCCUUGUACCGAGAUGAGGAGCAAUCAUUUUUAAGAGUAGUGAAUUGGUGGAUUUGUUACAGGACCAGACAAAAUGCCUGUCGUCCUUCCAGGAUUGAUAACAUAAAAAGUACCCAAAUCAAGUUACUGGGGUCAAUGUGAUUGACUAAAACCACCCUUCAAAAUUUCUGGCCAGAAACGAUUAUUAUUAUUAUUAUUUUUAUUAGGGCAGUGAGCUGGCAGAAUCAUUAGUAUGCCAGGCAUUUUGUCUGUCUUUACAUUCUGAGUUCAGAUUCCGCCUGGGUUAGCUUUUCGCUUUCAUCCUUUCGAGGUUGAUAAAAUAAGAACCAGUUGUGUACUGGGGGAGAAUCGCUGUAAUUGACUUACUCCCACCCCCUUGAACUUGCUGGUUUUCUGCCAAAAUUUGAAACCAUUAUUAUUAUUAUUAUUAUUAUUAUUAUUAUAUUGAGGAGUUCAAAUUCUGCCAAGGUCACGUUUACCUUUCAUCCUUUCGGGGUCGAUAAAUUAAGUACCAGUGAAACACUGGGGUCGAUGUAAUCAAUUAGUCCCCUCGCCACAAAUUUGAGGCCUUGUGCCUCCAACAGAAAGGGUUAUUAUUAUUAUUAUUGGAGCAAUAGCUAUAAACAGACUCGAUUGUAUAAUGGACAAGUCGCUUUGAGCUAUUUCGUCAUAUCAUAAUAAUGUCGGUUCAAAUCCCUCUUGUUUUCUCUGCACUUUUUGUCUUUUUCCUAGAUGUAGGGUGGGAGCUUAAUAAAAUAGAGUACCAGUCAUAUACUGGGGUAGAUUCAAUCACUGACAUCCUUCUCUAAAAUUUGCUGCCUUGUGUCUCAGAAAUCAUUCAAACCAUAAUAAUUAUUAAAACUGCAAGGACCAACGACAAACAUUUGCCUACUCAGCCUCCAUCGACUCAAUGAAGGAGGUGAGGCUGGAAAAGAAGGUGCUGCCCUCUAUAAAUUUGUUGAGAGAUGAGUGUGAAUGGUGAGCUUGGCUUGAGUGAAUGGGUCUACUCUCAGCAUGUGCCCGUAUGACAGAGAAUCAAGCUGGAAGAGGGCAUUCGAUAGCCAGGGCAAGCCUGGAUCUUUGAGCUCCUAGGUUUACCCUAGGGGACUGUCCCCACUCCUGUUGGGGAUCUUUUCCUUGUUGAUAUUGUAUUGUUAUUUGUUGUUACUGUUAUUUUCUUUUCUUUUUUUUUGCCCAAUGUAAACCCUGCUCCCCAUUGUUUUAUAUCUUGUCCUUGUAAUGUUUCCAAUGCCUUGGGCUCUUGUGGCCAAUAAAAGUUUAUUAUUAUUAUUAUCAGUCAAA